GACCAAUCUGAACUUUUGUUUAUCUUAAUAGUUGGCACAGUCAAUUAAGUUUCUAAAUUAUGUAAUGUCAAGCAUUGUACUGUGCAAUUUAGUUCAUAUUAUAACGUUGAUCUAUAAACAACAGUCUUUUGAUUCGACAUAAAAUAAUUGAACCUGAGAAACCGAUAUUCCUUAAACAUUUGGGGGCUCAACCGGGAUGUCGGUUGCUCAACCGUUUGUUUAUUUAAUUCGCGUUGUAGUUGUGAGAGAAAUCGGCUGUUUUUUUAUCAAAUUAUCGGUCGAUGAAAGUUUAUGUUCCGACAAGUGCGAACAAUCGCGUUCUAAGACAAUAGACAUUUUUGUGAAUCAUUCAAAUUUGUAUGUUUGUGAAAAGAAUCAAAUGGUUCUAGUUGUUUCAUCGAAAAGAUACGAUUUAAAGAGUCAAGUGUUCAGCGAGUUGGAAGUUUUACGAUUUGUGCCCAUUCUCUCAAUGUUCAUUUGUGAGAAAAACGUGGAUGGAAACAAAAGGUCGCUGGUUAACAAAAGAUCCACGUUGUCUCAAAUACACGCUUCGAAAAUAAUCAUCGAAUUGCAGUUUCAUGUAGUGGCUCAUGGAUUGGCUUCGUGCUCUACUGUCUUUCAGUGUUCAAUAAUGACAGAGAAGCUGAUUUUCGACUACAAAUUGGUGCAUUCGAGUAUCACUAUGCAAUUAGUGUAUGCCAGUACAGCUUGGUUGACGUCACCAUUUCUUUGUUUCAAAGUUAUCGUGUGCAAUAAUCGUCUACCAAAGACAAUCAAUGGAGUAGAGCAGUGGUCAUUUUAUGGUUUCAAUUUUGGUCAACUGCAAUCCGUACAGCGAAAACCGGAAUUUACAAUUUUGACUUUAUGUGUUUCAAUAGUCAAACAUCAUCGAGUAUUCCACAUUUCAAUCGUUUGUUCGAUUAAAGUUUCAUUUCGAGCAUUGGUUUCGGCGUCUCAUAACGGAUCAAGCAAUCAUUCCAGUUCGUCUUUAAGCGUGUCAAAGGCCGAACGAGUCGGAAGUUGCAAGGCUGACAGAUCAGCUGGAUUUAUUCAUCUUGCAGUAAUUGUUCCAACUGCCGUUUCUUCGUAUUAUUGUGGUCAAUUGCAGACAGUCAAUGGAGUAUCAAUGUGUGAACAAUUAGCGGAAUGUUUCUCGACUUGUUUAUGGAACAUGAGUAGUCUUCAACAUCGUUCGCUGGAGAAUGAAGCGCUCCAUGGUAUCCGAAAACGAUUAUCCAAGAGAUUCAUCAGUCGUCGGGCAAAACCUGCCAUUAUGUACAACAAAAAUGCUGCGAAUUUUGUGGACUGGAUAACAGAGCUUUCUAAGGCACAGCAGAGCGCACUGAGAGAACAAAUGGACGAAAUAGUCGCUUUAUUUACCAACGACGGCGUCGAUUGGGAAUUCAAUCCUACAACAGCUUUUUUGUCAAAUCGAGUGCGCAUUUAUUUCGAGACCAAUGUGCAGCCUGACCGAUGAGGAUUUGAAUUUGAGUUUAUUUUUGAGUAAAUUUUUCCGUUUCAUUCAUUUUAUCUUCCGAGCCAAUUUCAUUUCAUUUUGAAUUUUUUGUGUUAGUUUUAUUUGAAGACGAUUUAUAAUGUCUUGGCCGGGAGUAUGUUCAGACCAAUCUGAACUUUUGUUUAUCUUAAUAGUUGGCACAGUCAAUUAAGUUUCUAAAUUAUGUAAUGUCAAGCAUUGUACUGUGCAAUUUAGUUCAUAUUAUAACGUUGAUCUAUAAACAACAGUCUUUUGAUUCGACAUAAAAUAAUUGAACCUGAGAUAUUC